AAAAUUUGACGAGUUCAGUUUCCCAAUUAAAAAAAAAAAAAGUCAAAAAAUAUAUGGCAGGUUGAUCCUUUGAAUUCAUAAUUCGAAAUUAGUAAAAGUCGAGUUGCUUCCCUCUGAACCCCCAAACUUGCCUUAAUUGAAUUAUUUACAUGCCUGGCCCUCGAUGUAACCGCCAUUUCGUCUGUUAUUCAUUCACGAAGAGGACUUGAUACCAGACGAUCACUCACCUUCAAAUUUCUCAUUCACCAAAUAUAUAUAUAUGUGUACGUACAUUAGUUUGAUUCAUCUAAGGACUUCGUUUCUCCUUCACCGGCUUUGUUACUUGAAUUGAGCUAUUGCGAUGGACAGCUUAUCGACUUAUACGAAAUCCGAGAGGAGGUCGAGAUCGAAGCCUCUACAGACUUCCAAACCUUCGCUUGUCAUGGCCUUCUUCUCUUGUGUUGCUUGGCUCUACGUUGCCGGCCGGCUGUGGCAAGAUGCUGAGAACAGAACAUUACUUACAAGUCUUCUUAAGAAGAACUCAGAGCAGAGACCCAAGGUUCUUACAGUUGAAGAUAAGUUAAUGCUCCUUGGAUGCAAAGACCUGGAGAGAAGGAUUGUGGAAGCUGAGAUGGACUUAACAUUGGCCAAGAGUCAAGGAUAUCUAAAGAACCAGUUGCAGCUAAGUAAUUCUUCUUCAGGAAAAAAGCUUCUUGCUGUAAUAGGGGUUUACACAGGAUUUGGUAGUCGUUUGAAGCGAAAUGUGUUUAGAGGAACUUGGAUGCCCAGAGAUGAUGCCUUGAGAAAACUUGAGGAAAGAGGAGUGGUCAUACGUUUUGUGGUUGGUCGAAGUGCCAAUCGUGGUGAUAGCUUAGAUCGGAAUAUUGACAAGGAAAAUCACACAACAAAGGAUUUCUUGAUUCUUGAUAUGAAUAUGUCAUAUCAUCUCUAUCAGGAAGAUCAUGAGGAAGUUCAAGAAGAGUUGCCCAAGAAAGCAAAGUACUUUUACAGCACUGCUGUUCAAAUGUGGGAUGCAGAGUUUUAUGUAAAGGUUGAUGAAAAUAUUGACCUUGAUCUCGAGGGAUUGAUUGGACUUCUUGAUCGUAGUCGUGGUCAAGACAGUGCUUACAUUGGAUGCAUGAAGUCUGGAGAUGUUGUAACAGAAGAGGGACAGCAAUGGUAUGAACCUGAUUGGUGGAAAUUGGGGGAUGGAAAAUCGUAUUUCCGACAUGCAUCUGGUGCAGUUAUUGUGCUCUCCAAAAAUUUAGCUCAAUAUAUCCACAUAAACAGUGCAUCUCUGAAGACAUAUGCACAUGAUGAUACAUCAAUAGGUUCCUGGAUGAUGGGUGUUCAAGCAACCUAUAAAGAUGAUAAUCGUCUUUGCUGCAGUAGCAUUAAUCAAGACAAGUUGUGUGCCUUGGCUUGAUGGAAGGGGCAGUUCAAAGUGACUUUGUGAUCUUAUUGCAUCCUGGUUACAUAUUGGGGUGUGGAAUUUGCGAGGGCAUUUGAUCAUUCUUUUUCGAUGUAAGGAUGGGGAGAAAUACACAGGUCAAUCUAACUACAAACAUUUUGUGAUUUCUUACUGCUGAAGUACAGGUAACAGAAUAUUUAUCUGUUAUCAAUAUGGAAGCCGUACUGAAAUUUCCUAUGGAGUUGUAUAGUUUUUGUUUUGUUGGUUGACCAAUUAACUAUAGUUGUAAAUUUGAUUUAUUCACACUGCUUUCAUUCUA